GCGAGCUUUCAGCGAGCGAGGGAGAGAGAAGGGAAAGGCGGGGGUGGGGUGGGGGACAGAAAGUGAGAGGAAGAGAGGAAGAGGCGUCCCAACUGCGUGGCUGUGCCUGCUCUGGCCCCAGCCUUGCCUUCGUGCCGGGGCGUUUUUGCCCAAUGAGAGUCCACCGGAGGUGUCCGUCUUCCCCGCCUGCCCCCGAGCCCAGCCCUCCGGCGUGUCCUCCUCAUCCCCCUUCCCAACAGAUGCCCGUCCAUGGGGCUGCUUGCGAAAGGCUUCUUCCAGCCCCGACCACGACCAGCAGCGCAUCUUGCCAGGGAAUCGGCCGGACAGCGGACAGCAGCCUGCGGGUGCAGGGCGUUUGACGGCGCCGCCUUCCCGAGCCGUGCCCACAGCAGCAGCAGCAGCAGCCGCCGCCGAGGUCUAGGUCUGUGCUGCGCUGGGCGGAUCGAUCAGGCUCCGCUCGUCGUCAGCCUCGCUUUCUCCUUCGCGCCCGGUGGUAGAGACCCAGGGACUUGUCCUUCUCGCGACUACCUUCCCUCGGCGGGGAAUUAUGCUGGGCUCCAGCCGCUGGGCUCGGAUUGCUUGCGCGCCCGGGGACACUCGACCGGCUGCCGAGGUCCCCCGUGCGCCCUCGCGCCUCUGCUUGCCCUUGCUCCUGAUGCUACUGACUCUCACGCCGCGGGCGGACUCCUCUUGGUGGUACAUUGGGGCCCUGGGGGCAAGGGUGAUCUGCGAUAACAUCCCUGGACUGGUCAAUAAGCAGCGGCAGCUGUGCCAGAGCUACCCAGACAUUAUGCAGUCUGUUGGGGAGGGAGCAAAGGAGUGGAUCCGGGAAUGCCAGCACCAAUUCCGUCACCACCGCUGGAACUGCAGCACUUUGGACAGAGACCACACAGUCUUUGGCAGGGUCAUGCUACGAAGUAGCAGGGAAGCUGCCUUUGUCUAUGCAAUCUCCUCCGCUGGAGUUGUAUAUGCCAUCACCCGGGCUUGCAGCCAAGGUGAGCUCAAAGCCUGCAGUUGUGAUCCCCACAAGCGGGGCCGCUCUAAGGAUGAAAGAGGGGAGUUUGACUGGGGGGGAUGCAGUGACAACAUCAACUAUGGGAUCAAAUUUGCAAAGGAAUUUGUGGAUGCCAAAGAGAAGACAGUGAAGGAUGCCCGGGCCCUGAUGAAUCUGCACAACAACCGCUGUGGCAGAACGGCUGUGAAGCGUUUCCUGAAACUCGAAUGCAAAUGCCACGGUGUCAGCGGCUCCUGCACCUUAAGGACUUGCUGGCUGGCAAUGUCAGACUUCCGCAAAACAGGAGACUACCUCCGGAAGAAAUAUAACGGUGCCAUCCAAGUAACUAUGAACCAGGAUGGCACUGGCUUUACUGUGGCCAAUAAAAACUUCCGCAAACCCACCAAAACGGACCUUGUAUAUUUUGAGAAUUCACCUGAUUACUGCCUGAUGGACAAGUCUGCAGGUUCAUUAGGGACAGCCGGACGAGUGUGCAACAAGGUCUCGCGUGGGACCGAUGGAUGCGAGGUCAUGUGCUGUGGCCGAGGCUAUGACACCACCCGCGUGCGGCGAGUCACCAAAUGCGAGUGCAAAUUCCACUGGUGCUGCGCUGUCCGCUGCAAGGAGUGCGAGGACACCGUGGACAUUCACACGUGCAAAGCACCCAAGAGGGCAGAGUGGGUGGACCAAACUUGAGACAGUGUGAGUCAGAGGGGGGAAAGCAAAACUGGCACAGUGCUCCAGGGCUUGGGCAUUCUGGGAACUGUAGUUCAACUGCAUGGCUUUUAUUUAAUUAAUUCUGCAAAGCACUAUGGAGGAGACUACAUUUCCCACAGGGAUAGCGAGCUCUUCUGCUCACCCAGCAGAACUCAUUCCUCUAACUUUAAAAAGGAAUUUUCAAAUAACACGGAACUGUGAAGCUUCCUUUGCCUGGUGAUAUUGUCCAAAGAACAAAUAAAUAAAAAGAGGGAACAAUGCAGCUGCGUAGGAGGAGCACAAGAGACUGAGGAGCAGGUUACAAUUAGCUGGAUAACCCUGCCUCCUUCCAGGGAAUGUUCAGCAGUAUAUUAUAAAAUGUUGCCUAAUCCGCAGAAAUCCAUCCAUCAACCCUGGAAGAAAGUACUCUAUUUCCCAAAAGAAGAUGGCCGUAUAGUCCUAAGGAACUACAUGUUCUGCUAUGGAACUCCACUCCUACAGAGGCCACCAUGCCUGCACUAUGGACAUUAGCUGAAUGACAGCAACAUUGUGUAAAGGGACUUCAUUACCUUUUCCUUUCUAAUGGAAAGCAAACUGUGGAGUUACAAAGUUGGCAGCCGAAAGAAAACCAGUAUCUACAUCCAGAGGGGGAAAAGGAUGAAAGUUGAGGGUACAUGUGUAUGUCUGGACGCGCUGGUAGGUUCUAAAGGAAACUAAUAUAAAGUGACUUUUUGGUACAAAUGCACUUGUACAUCAUGUAGACUGCUUUAAAUACUUUAAAUCAAAAUCCCAUAUAAACCUGUAUCAGAAAAUGGUGUUCUUUACUUUGUGGCUGUCUACAAUCAUGGCUAGCAAGGGGAGUAAUGGGCAGGUUCUUGCCCUACAUUAUUGCUGCACUCCACAACUGUGGCACUUCUAGACUAUAAGGUCAAAGCAAAGUUCUUGAGGCUAAAGGCAGCAUAACAGUGUUAUCAGAUCACCAAGCUAACACUUCUCUUUUCUCUCUCCAUCUCUGAAAACUUUCAUCACCACCCCACCCCCACCCCCGCCACACACAAUCCUUGCAUGUUCCUCUUUUCUGUCAUUCCACCUUCCCUGGCCAAACUGUUGAAUUCCCAUCUUCUUCCAUAGCCUCAUGUGCAACUGUUGGAGAUGCUUCAGUUGAGGCCUCCACUGAGAUUACAAAACUGCAGCCAUUGCUGUACCAGUUUUCCACUCCUUCCAAGGCGGAAGAGGCAAACACAGAUCUCUUAUGUUGUGGUUCCUGCCUUGUGGGGGUUGGACCAGAUGAGCCUUUGGGUCCCUUCCAAGGAGUAGCGCACUUGGUCUCAUGCAGUCACAUGCAGCUCCUAAGCCAUAGCUUUGAUCACCUGAAAUCUAGUGCAGGGUUUGACCCCCAUCUUAUGAAUCAAGUCAUUAAGCCAAACUCUGUAAACGAAUCCUUUCGGGUGCAGAGUCACUGUUUGGCCCCCUCUGCCACCCUCCCAUCCACCAGUGGAGAGCUACAAGUAUUAAAAGGGUCCUAUGAGGAUCAUUUUCAAAACCACAAAUAUAAAAGCUGUUUGUCAAUACAAACCCAGGUGUCAGUCUUUCGUGUGACAUAGUUUCACGGCGACUGUGUGGGCUUUGUCUCUGGAACAUAACUCCUUAGGAUGAAGCCAGGACUGUUAAGCUUGUUUAGGUUCACAGUGUUGUUAUAGCUUUUGCAAGCUCAGCAAAAGCCAAUGAAUCAGUCUAAAGCCACAUGGCACACCCACGCCACAGGGGAUGAACCAGUUUUGUUGAAUAAAUGCAAAUACCCAACUGUGGGAGCUUUGCGUCUGCAAUCAGCAUAUUGUCCGCACUGUUAUGCAAUAGCUGCAUUGCACAUGUCUGCCCAGACAGGCCACAGCAGUGUCAGAACCAUUUUAACUUACUGAACCUGUACACAUCUCCUUAAGCACAAAUCUCACCUAGUUUGGUGGGACUUACUCCCAAGUAAAUGUGCAGAAGUUUGCAGCUUAGGCAACUUAACUUAAACAAACAAACAAACAAACAAACAAAACCACAGUGAAUAACCUCUACAGAACUUUUGAAGGUACAAAGUGCCUGAUAAUCCUACACAGUCCAUGUCCAAACCAAAUAUUUCACCUAAUGCACAUUACCUUUUAGGAAGUCUCAGGUCCAAUGUCCAGCAUAUCUAGAUAGAGUUAGGAAAGACCCAAGCUGAAUCUCUGGACAGCCAUUGGCCAGUCAGUGGGCACUGAGAUUUCUGAGCUAGGCAGAUCAAUUUGACUCUGCAUAUGUCAGCUUCCUGUGUACCAACUCCCCUUCUCUCUCUGAUGCAGGAUUAGGGAUAGAGACCAUAGCAACCGGACCUGCAGAUUUCAGACAACAUAGUAGCCUUUUCCUAGUCACAAAGACCAAAUAUGUGUUGAGAGAAUCUUAAUGUAUGGCUGGGAAACUUUUUUUAACCCAAGGGCCACAUUCCCUUCUGGGAAACCUUCUGAGGGCCACAUGCCAGCAAUUGGUGGGACCAGAGGCAAAAGUGGGUGGAGCGAUGAACAUGAAUAUCACUUUUGUAUGGUAGACUAGUUUCUACACAUAUCCACAUGCCCAUCUCUGUCUUCUAUCCAUGCAAGCAAGAAACAUUAUUAGAGUUUAUGGACAUUUUUCCUUUCUACAAAAAUGCUCAAAGAGCAUACAGGGCUGGAAAGGAGGUGUGGCUGUCGAGAGUCUACAGAGACCUGGAGGUUCUCCAUUCCUGUCUUAAUGGAAAAUAUCAGCAUUGCUAGCUUAGUCAGUGGUAUAGCUAAUAAUUUUAUUGGGGGCAGCCGGCAAGAUCCCAUUUCAUUCCUGGCUUUAUAUAAAUUCAAAAUGUGUUUUCCAAUGUUCAGAUAUAUGUUCCAAUAUAUAUGAUGCAGAAUUGACACUGCAGAAAAUUACUAGCCUGCACCUUUCAGGGUGCUGUUGCUGCAGAACAUCUAAGUUCCCAUUGCUCAAAUGGGGGGGGGCAGAUUUGAUAAGCUCUUGCCAACUAAUAGUGGCUGAAUUGCAAUGCUACAUAAAGCAGUCUUCCAAAAUUGCAUUCACACCUUUAAGGGAGUGUUUUAAUGGUUAAGCAAAACUGGUUCAUCAUUAGAUCAUCCCCUUAUCAAAUGUUAUGCUGAAAGUCUCUCAAGGCUAUUGUGUGCCUGAAAGGGGUAUGUUCAUAAGAAAAGAAUGAGUCCAAGAAAUAUUGAGAACAAAUGACACCUAGCUUUCCCAUUGUCUGGUUGGAGAGAGAACACAAACCUGGGAACAUGGUCCUCUGCUGCCAUGGCAACAAGCAGCUCACUUUUGAAACUUCCCCACCUUCACAAGAAGGUCACAUCUCCUAUUCUUUCUGGUGUGGCAUUGACACAGUUUGCUGCUGGCCUACAGAAGCUUUGAUGAGAGCUAUUCACUCAGUACCAGGCAAUAUGAACAGCAGGGAGCUCAACUUAAGGAAAGAAAGAGGAAGAACAUUAUGAAAGCAUGGGCAAUGUCAAAUGUUGUGUUACAAAUCCAAACCUUCUCCUCAUUUGUUUCAACAAAAUAAGCAAUGUAUACCUUUAACAAUCCCUCCCACCUGUUUUAAUUGGAUUCUAUUAUUUGCAUUCCAAUUUGACACUUGAAAGACUUCUAAAGCCCUUGCUUCACCCGACCAGUUUAUCUUCUCAUUGGCCUGCUUACCAAUAGUCAUACACAUGCAUCUUCUCAGUAUUCCUUACUCCAACUCUACAAGGUAGGUCAGUAUUAUCAUCUCUAUAGCACAGCUGAAGGACUAAGGCUGGAACACAGUAGCUUGCUUAAGACCACUUAGUGCAGGCAUGUCAAACCUGCGGCCCUCCAGAUGUUUUGGCCUACAACUCCCAUGAUCCCUAGCUAGCAGGACCAGUGGUUGGGGAAGAUGGGAAUUGUAGUCCAAUGGUGAGGGACCUGUGGCCCUCCAGGUGUUGCUGCACUACAUUUCCCAUCAUCCCUGAUAGUUGGCCGCACUGGCUGGAGCUUAUGCGAGUUAGACUUCAAUAACAUCUAGAUGGCCAUAGGUUUCCCACCACUGACCUAACAAGUUCAAGGCAGUAGUAAGAUUCAAAGCAUUAGCUUCCUGUUUCACAGUCUUUAAAAAUGUCUUUUUAUUAUAAAGAAAAAUAAUACAAAGUAUGCUUUCCGUUGCAAUUGCAGGCUAUGUUUCCAUUGCAAUUACUUUUUUUAAAAAAAAAAUCAAAAUAAGCUUGAAUUGGUAUUACAAAACUGAAAAGCAGUUAUAAAUAUUUAUGUCAAUGUUAUAUUUAAGCGGAGAAAUUAAUAAAUCGGCGCCACAAUAAACUUUCCCUCUGUUUUUGUUUUCUCUGUGUUUCACAGUUUAUGUAACUUGGCAUUUAGGCAGGGGGCCAAAUUUUAGUACUCAACUCUUUCAUAGAAUAUAUGAAUUGCAUUUACAA